AUGGACAAUAGUGGCCACCACACGGCGACCAAAAUCCUAGCGACUCCUCCGGCCAGAGAAAGCCUGUCUGCCAGGAGCAACAUGAUCAGCACGCCCAAGCCCCUCGCCUUCUCCAUUGAGCGCAUCAUGGCGCGGACGCCAGAGCCCCGCUCCAUCCCCGUCCCGCAGCUCAUCCACGGCUCCGUGGCCAAAGGCGAGCCCAAGCCCCCGCUGCACCUCAACUCCUCCAUCCCCUGCAUGAUCCCCUUUGUCCCGGUGGCAUACGACCCCCUGCCCAAAGCGGCGAUGGCCGGAGCGGAAUCCAGGAAGGCUCAUUUAGACUCCUCUUCCUCGCCCUCCUUUAGCUGCGGCGAUCUCUUGAACUGUGCCCUGAGCUUGAAAGGAGAUUUCCCCCGCGAUGCCCUGCCCUUGCAGCAGUACAAACUGGUAAGACCCCGAGUGGUCAAUCACUCCUCCUUCCACGCCAUGGGAGCCCUGUGCUAUUUCAACCGAGGCGACAGCCCUUGUCACCCGUCCUCCAGUGUCAACAUCCACCCGGUGGCUUCUUAUUUCCUCAGCUCUCCCCUGCACCCGCAGCCCAAAGCUUACCUGGCGGAGCGGAACAAGCUGGUGCUGCCGGCCGUGGACAAGUACCCGGCAGGGGUGGCCUUCAAGGACUUGUCGCAGGCUCAGCUGCAGCACUACAUGAAAGAAAGUGCUCAGAUUCUCUCGGAAAAAAUCGCCUACAAGACCUCGGAGUUCAGUCGCGGCUCCCCGAGCAGCAAGCCCAAAGUUUUCACGUGUGAAGUUUGCGGAAAGGUAUUUAAUGCACAUUAUAACUUAACUCGCCAUAUGCCGGUGCACACAGGAGCCAGACCCUUUGUUUGCAAAGUUUGCGGGAAGGGCUUCAGACAGGCGAGCACGCUCUGCCGGCACAAGAUCAUCCACACCCAGGAGAAGCCACACAAGUGCAACCAGUGCGGCAAAGCAUUUAACCGGAGCUCGACACUCAAUACACACACACGAAUACACGCCGGCUACAAACCUUUUGUCUGUGAAUUUUGUGGCAAAGGAUUUCACCAGAAAGGCAAUUACAAAAACCAUAAGCUGACUCACAGCGGGGAGAAGCAGUUCAAGUGCAAUAUCUGCAACAAGGCUUUCCACCAGGUGUACAACCUGACCUUCCACAUGCACACCCACAACGACAAGAAGCCCUUCACCUGCCCCACCUGCGGCAAAGGCUUCUGCAGGAACUUUGACCUCAAGAAGCACGUCCGCAAGCUGCACGACAGCUCCCUGGGACUGCCCCGGCCCCCCGCCGAGCUGGGGGGCCCCGACCAGCCGCCUCCGCCAGGGCCGCUGCUGCAGGGCCCGCCGCUCCAGCCCUGA